ACACUGCAUGUUAUGAUUUCUUCGGGGACACUGAUAUUGCGUUCUGUCGACGAAAGACAUGACGAAAGCAGACAGUAGCGCUGUACGCCGCGACGUCAGUGUCGUGUACGUUGUUCUUCGCGCAUUGACCAGAGCGGUACAUUUAAAUAACUGUGUUACGACACCCGAAUCAUCUCAUCAUCUUGGCGUCUUGAUGUGUGACCAGUGUACCUCCUAGAGUGCUCACCAUGAAAUACUCGAGAGUGCAUGUCACUUUUCUCUUCCUGGUCAUGUCAGGUGCUGCAGCAGGCGUUCAGGGGAAAAGGCUCGUCUAUCCGCAUUUGUUGGAAGAACGUGAGGUUGACGGCGCGAAGCUUGUUCGUGUACACGAAGACCUGAUCCUCAACUUGCGAAAGGUGUCAGUCGCAGCGUCGACGCUUGCAGUUCAUGAACACGAAAACGGGAAACCCACUGUUCGUUUCUACAGAGGAGAUGAUAUCGACGGAAACCUAUACGAGGAUGAAAGACAGCUGGCCACGGUAAUGGUUACACAGACCAACAACGGCCUUGAGCUGGAAGGUAUCGUGGGACCCCGACACAAGAUUUCGCCAGCGCCGGCGAUGGAAAGGUCUGACGACGGCAGUGUUGCUCACAUGAUCUCCGAAAUCAAAGAUGAGCAAAGUGACAUGUUCGAUACUCUCAUUCCUGACAGCAAAGACAAAGCCACGCAACUCACAGAGAGGCAGUACAACUAUUACCAAACGGUCCCAACUGAAGUCACCGUAGAGGUGUUUGUGAUCUCUGAUAAGAUACAUCAGCAGCGCUUCGCUAAGACGCAACACCUGCUUGGGUACAUGUGCGUUAUGAUUAACAGCGCCAACUUACGAUUCAAGGACACGAGUGCUCCGAGGAUAAAACUGCUCCUGACUGGACUCGAGCGAGUUCUGAGCGCACGGGAUGAGCCGUACUUUAAAGGAAACGACAAGUACAUGGACGACACAGCGACGAUCGUGAAACUGCUAGACUACGUCAAAGUGAAAAGGCGACAAUACGGUGAUCCUGACGUUGUCUACCUAGCCACAGGACGUGACAUGUAUGGUAUGGAUAGUGGCGUGCCGGAUACCAGGCGCAAAGGACUGGCCUUUGUAGGUGGCGUGUGUACCGAUUCGCUUGUGGGCAUCGGCGAAGACAAUCCUGGCUCCUACGACGGAAUGCACGCUCUGACACAUGAAGUUGCACACUUGUUGGGAGCUGCGCACGAUGGAGACCCGCCCCAGGUUAACGUCGUGCCGGGUCACCCAGGAGCCCUGAGGUGCCCGUUCAGUCAGGGUUACAUCAUGAGUUACCUCAACACGGGACCAAACUACCACCGUUUUUCCCCGUGCAGCGUCACUCAGAUGCGAUACGUCAUGAGAUUGAGAGGACCGACCUGCUGGCGGCUUAAAUCUCAGGGGCACAAAUUGGAUGGCUACUAUCCCGGAAUGCUGGUUAAACCACAGGAUAUAUGCAAAUAUAAACUUGCUGGUCAAGCAAGCGUGACCGCAGACACGUCGCCUGCUAUCGUUGCGCGCUGUAAAGUGCGAUGUGUGUACUCGAAAGCUCAGUACGGCCUCUUCGGCAGAGUCUAUGCGACGCGUGAGCAGUUGGAGUUCGAAGCACCAGACUACGCAAGCUGUGGGAACGGAUCGGUUUGCAUCCGAGGAAUCUGUGGUAAGAAAUAAAAAUAAAUGAUGUGAAUUAAAAAAAAAUCUCCUGCACGUACGGAGAUUACUGGAAGCCACAGAAACACAUACAAAUGAUCCUACGAGCACCUUAUGAACAAUACUAUAUCUUGUACAAGAAAUAAAUUGUAUAACAUAAA